AUGUUGAAUGCUACCGUUGCCCACGUGCGCGCGCGAAGAAUCCCGUGGCCGACGGGUCGGACGGCACCGUGGGUGCCGGCUCCCACUCGCCGGCGUCUGACGAUCCUGGUCGUCGUCAUCGCGGCGCUGCUGGCCACGGUAGCCUGCUCCUCCAAUCCGAGCCGCACCGCAAAUAACGAAAGCCCUAUGUCUGUAAACCGCAUCGCAUACAUCGAUCCCGAUGGCCAACUGGUCACUUCCAACCCUGACGGUUCAGCCCGCAACCUGCUGACCGCUGGCGCCGUGGCUCGCUCCGGUGGCAUCCUGGCCCAGCCUCAGCGAAGCGACCUGAUAUACAGUUGGCCCCUGUGGUCCCCGGACGCCUCCCGUAUCGCGGUCUCGCUCCUCCGCGGCGACUCUCCGGCCGAUGCCCAUGUCAGUCUCCACUCGCUGGAAUCGUCCACCGGGGUCGGCGGAGCGGCAUUCGUCAACGAAGCUCCGUUGACCAUCGCGGACGGGACUCCCCACUACGCGCAGUGGUCCCCUGACGGACGAAAAUUGGGUGUCACCGCCGCGACCCCUGAAGGCCUGACCCUGUUCGUGGUAGACGCCAUGCCCACGCCGGAGUCCGCCACGCAGAACGCUCAGUUGGUUGUGCUGAGGGGCGGGCCCCUCUAUUUCGAUUGGUCGCCGGAUAGCGCUGCACUGGCAGUCCACAGUAACGAGGACGUUCUGCUGGUUCGGCUGGACCAGGAGACGCAACAGUUCUCCACCCAGCCAUUGGCUCGCUCUCGUUCCUUCCGAACCCCGGCUUGGUCCCCGGACGGGACCCGAUUGGCUUGGUCUGCCCCGGGAGGGGACGGCGAGGCGCUAUGGUUGGGACAGCCCGACCAACUCGACGCUGCGCCCCUGCGGCUGGCCGAGGUAGAGGGUGCAUCCGCUUUCCUGUGGUCGUCCGACGGCGCGGUUAUUGCCGUGGCGGAUCGUCAAAUCGCGGGCUCUCCCGCAUAUCGUCGGCUGCGCCUUUUGGCCGCCGAUGGCAGCACGGAACGCGUCGUCAAAGAGGAUGAUUGGGUGCUCGGCUUUUUCUGGGAACCCAACGGGGACCGCCUGGCCUGGGUUGCCCUGAACCCGGAAGAACGGACCAUGGAGUGGCGGGUCAUUCCCGGGUUGGACUCCGCCUCUGCCGGCGACGCGGAGGAUAGCGCGCUUGGAGGGUUCCGUUUUUCGCCCAGCGGCGAAACCUUCUUGAUGCUGGCCUUCUUCGACCAGUACGCCCGCAGCCAUUCGCCCUGGGCGCCGGACGGGUCGGCCCUGGUCGUGGCCGGCACGCAACAAUACCUGUCUGAACGGCGCAACGGCAGCAGCGGAGGCGGGUCCCGGGUGUACGUCGUGGAGACUGGCGAAGGCGGAGAACUGCGCGAUAUUGCCAACGGCAGCAUGGCGGUUUGGUCAACGCGCUGA